UAUUCUUUGGCCUGCAGUGCGCCCCAUUGCUGUAGACACGGAUACAAAAGCCCUAGGGUGGUGUUUGGGCAUGCGCCCUUCAUAAGACGAGUCCAUGGCAGCUUCCCCUCCGCAUCACCAAAGUGGACGCCGACAUGCGACCAUGACCAACCAUACGCCUUCUUUGCUCCGUCAGGAUUCUGAUGGCGCUUCCAGUCCUGUGUCUGACGAGGAGGCCAAACCCAGGCAAUUGCUUGAUCUCCCGGUCGAAAUUCUCAAUGCCAUUUUGAAAGAGCUGAACCAUACCAAUGACUUGACAUCUCUCGCCCUCUGCCACUCGACUCUCCAUGCCUUGACUGUACCCCACAUCUACAGUAGAUUCGAUAUCGUCUGGCCCGACAAUGCUUCCGGUCCGGAGCCACGAGCUGGGGUUGACGCCCUUACGUACGGCCUGUCUACCCUAGUCAUGGCCGAAGAGAUCUUUCGUAGCCGCCACAGCCAUUCUAUGGAGCAGAGAGUUAGGAGACGUCGUGGUAACCACUUCGCAUCCUUCACCAAGAAGUUUUCGCUAGGCAAUGGUCCGCCAGAGUGGGUACAGGACUACCUGAUCACUAAAGAGGGCGGGAAGAUGCUUGGUACUCUCGUCGCUUUGGCUGUCGCACGCAUGCGAAGCCUCGAGUCUUUCACAUGGGACAUGCCUACUGGCGUACUGAGUUCAGUGUGGGACGCCCUUUCUUCGCUAGGAGAUCAUGAGGACGGCAAGCCAUGCCGUUUGGACAGAGUUGCGAUCCGCUGGCACGACAACUCUCCAGAGCCUCGGAACGCUCCCGUUCAUGUUCCUCGCAGUCCAGGGGACGUACCUCCACCGCUCAGUGCUCUACAACAUGUUGAGAAUCCAUCUUUCUCUAUACUACCGCCACUCAAGAGCUUGAGUGUACUUGACAUUGACGAAGUUCAAUAUCUUGAUGAGCUGAGUGUCCUCAUUCAACGAUCAUUUGGCAAGCUACGCGAAUUGCGUGUUGGUAUAGCUCCCCAUGCCAGACACAGAGAGUUUGUAAGCGUCUGGGAAGGAGAGAAUGUUCAACAGAUUGAUCGAGUCAACCCAGUCAUGUCGUGCAUCACCAUAGGUGAAAAGAGACUUGGUGGUGUUCUUGGAGUGCUGACUGGUUUGAUGUUUGAUCUGCGUUCUGCUGAGCCUCAAAGUACACGACCGAACCGGCUCAGACGAAGGUCCAACGUAACGAUCAGCAAUUCACAGAUAUCUGGAGUUUCUGAUGGCACAUCUGGUACACCAGGGACCAAUACCACAAACAUCGACUCAAUGAGCAGCUCCGAAACAGGGGCAGGAGACACAGAGAGCACUCUCUCCGAAGAGAGUCCUGACGAUGAGACGAUCACGAGUGUUGAGCAUGUUCAGGCAACUCCCAAAACGUUUUUGUCAGACUCUCCUGCUAUGACUCCUCCUGAGAUUCUAGAGCUUGCAGAUGGACACUCCCUGCCUCAUCGUGUCAAACAUUCUUCGGAUGCACCUGAUAUCCAAUCCUCUACCGGAAUAGAUGGCCAUCUGCCCGCAAACUCGGGCAAGCUUGCAUUGGAUGCGCUUGAGCUCGAGCAGGUCCCUUUGUCGAUUCCAAUUCUGCUGAACGCCAUCGAAUGGAGUAGUCUGACCACUAUCACGUUACUCCGCUGUCCGAAUCACGAACAUCUGUGGAAAGCUUUACGUCGCCAGUUCUCUACUACGAACAAGCCAAAACAUACAUCUACUACAGCUAACACUUCGUUGGCCGCUUCAUGCAAGCUAUCCAUGGCAGACACAACAUACAAGCUGAACCUGAAACACAUCUCGACUGACACUGUGUCUUCCUCUCUCCUCUCUUUCAUCAAAGACACGCUUCGUCCAAAUAGCUUGGAAUCGGUGUUCUUCCUGCAUGCUACUUCCUAUACUUCGACCGUGUCUCUCGAUGCUAUCUUCAACGGAGUGCUCCGCAGGCACCGGACUAGUCUGAGGAGGGUUCUGAUAGACAGCGGUGAGAAGGGUGCCGAGAACUCGCCAGGAGCUAAUGCCAUCUGGCGGCAGUGGAUGUUCAAUAGAGAAAUCCUGAAAUUCUUAGGUAGAAUGCCUCAGCUAAGAGAGCUCGGGGUCGCUCUUGAUUAUCGUGAUUGGCACUUCUUUCUGCAACAUUUGCCAUCUCUGCCAAAACUGCGCUCCCUAUACAUACCGUUCCUGGUAAACUUCAACCAGCCCGGUCUUGCAGAUACCAGAGAACUGGCUCUCCAGAUUGUGGACAUUGUAGCUCUACGCCCAGAGCUGGAGAUUUGCUACCUAGGCAUAAUGAAGAAGUGCUUCGAGGUACUCGAACAAAAGCCUGGUCCAGGGAAAUCAGAUCAUCACAGUAACAAUGAGGUUGACGAUCAAUCUGGGAGCGAAGAUGCAGACGAAGAUGAUGAUGACUCUGGCAAUGAAGAUGAUGAUGACGACGACGAAAACGACGACGACGAUGACAGCGAUGACACGACCUCCGAUACGACAGACACAUACGAGGAUAGCGAAUAUGGCUCCGAGGAGAACGGGAAGGAACUCCCGGCUUUGAGGCUAAGGGAGAUUUUGUAUUACGACGACAAGGUCUCCGUGUUCAAGGCGAGACAUGGACGGCUUUGAGAACAUUGCAAUACUGGUUACGUUUGUGAAGGGCAUUACAGGACGCGGCUCAGGCCUGGUGUUUCCAUUUUUUUCGGUUUUGUUGUUUCGGUGUUGCGUUCGCUAGUUUUGUAGAUAAUUGGGCGACUCUUCACGUGUCGUAGAUACCUAGUUUAAUGUUUGAUCGUUACCCCGAAGCUCAGUUCAGUACCC